CCUGCCUCAGUAAAGAAAUAGUGACACCCGAUCCGCAGAGAGCAGAGCGAAAGUCUGAGUUGGGAGAAGGAAACCGAACCACAUCGGGAAAGAUUGAGAGCAGCAACCUAGAGAACAUAUUUGAAGUGAAACCAAGAUUAAAGCAAGUGAAUUAGUAGGAAGGUUAACCAACGACACACUUCAAGUUCAAAUGCAUUGGAUUCGGUGACUAACUUGAGAGUUAGUGACGUGUUUGAAAUGGAGAAUGGCAUGAGCCGUCUGCAGCAGACUCAGGAGAAGGUGGAGGAGGUGAAGGUCAUUAUGCUUGAUAACCUCAACAAGGCUGAUGAGAGGUCUGGGAAGCUGGGGGAGUUGGAGAACAGGGCUGACUCAUUACUGGCAAAGAGUAAGAAUUUUGAAAAGACUACAACGAAAGUAAAGAACCAGGAGCGAUGGGAAAACAUGAAGUUGAAGGUGGUUAUGGCAGUGGUAGGGGGGAUUGUUGUUGUCGCUGUAAUUGGGAUUACUGCAUAUUGUUUGUUAGGCACAGAGGAGACCUCGAAGCCACCUGGUUAAAUCAGGUCAAGCAAGCCCAGGUGGAACUCACAGGUGGUCUAUAUGGAUGCAAGUCAGAUUGCAACAAUUGGACAAACCUUUUAUUUUCUAGGAUUUCCUGCAGGCAAAAACAUUUCAAACAACACUGUUUGUUAUAUAUUUUUUGUUUAGAGGUGUUCUGAGCUGUAUACUUCCUGUGCACAUCCUGACAUGGUACCACCACUAGCUCGGCUGCUUUCUCUUGUUCAACGGUAUCGUGUUCUGCUGGACCUUGUCAGUAUUCGCUGGUCACAACUCAGAAAAGGUCCGCCAGCACCACAGAUAUGGCUAUUGCAUAAACUCUCUGUGAUCUGUUUCAUAACUAAGUAAUGACAAAUGAUAAAGCUUCAUAUGGAUAUCUCUGAUAAACUAGUAAUAUGUGAAGUAUGCCAACAUCCACACAUCUUUAAAUGCACAGUAAGGGUGAUAUAUGAACAGUCAUGACAACCACAUAUUCUUUUCUGCCUUUGUGGUUGGGUUAACAACUUCACUAAUUUGACAAAAGAAAAUAUGGAUUUGUAUUGAUAAAUUGUUAUGCUAGUGUGCUUCUGUUAUUAUGCAUUUGUAUUUAUUUUUCAGUAAGUUAGCCAUAGCGUCAAAUGUGCUGCUGAGUCGAAACAUGAUUUAAUUCUUGUGUCCUUUUAGUUAGGGAAUUUUUUAUAGGGUGUCUUGUUCCUUUCCUCAUAUUAUCCUAGCCUAGAAGGUUAUGCCUAUAAAUAGAUUAGCCCAUGGGUAAAAGAUGUUUGCGCAUAAAACAUUAGUUUAACUGCCACUUUACAACUUUAAUACCAUUUGGUGCAUUUAUUCACGUCAAUGCAAUAAGCCGUUCAGAAGAUGAAUAAUUGAUUGUGUACAUUUUCAAACAUUUCAGAAUAAAUGAUAGUUAAAUAAAA